AUGAGGCUCUUCUGCUUGCUCGCGCUGCUGUUGCUACGGAUGGCAACCAUGCGAGCAUCCGCUGGCGUGCAAGGAAGCCAAGCCGGGAACAGGAGUACUCUUGCCUCCCAGGCCGGAUGCCAGAAAAGUUGUGGCAACCUAAGUUUCGAUUACCCGUUCGGCAUAGGGCCGGGCUGCUUCCGGCCGCCACAGCGAGACUUUGAGGUCAUCUGCAACAACACCCACAGUGCCUCCCCCAGGCUCUUCCUGCACGACGGAAUCACCGAGCCGUCGGUGAUAUCAUCACUGGCGAUGGCGAUGGCAGACCAGCACAACACCAACAAUACCGUGGGUCAGUGCAGGACUACAUGCGUUGAUGAAGAUAUCACAGAUACAGUGGCCAGGCAAAAAUGCAAUGGUAAAGGAUGUUGCACCGCUUACGAUAUCUCUGGGUUUGGUGCCGGCUUCGAUAUGUUUCCUGACGAGUAUGGUACAAAAUACUCCAGCACUUAUGUAAAUUAUAUAGAUAUCUCAGAGGGGCUAGUGAAUGUUAAAUACAGCUUAUAUGAUGAAGACCACCUUUCGGUGCGUGUACCUAAAGAUCCAGGCCUCUAUGUUGCCUCUGGGGGUGUAGUACUGCAGCAGUGGGCCGUAGCCAAUUUAACAUGCCAUGAGGCACAGGAGAAUAGGACCGGAUAUGCAUGUGUCAGCAUGAAUAGCAUAUGCUUGGGUGUCAACCCCCAACAAGAAUAUGUCGGUUACCGUUGCAAAUGUCUGGCUGGCUUUGACGGGAAUCCAUAUAUCGCGGAUGGGUGCAAAGAUGUUGAUGAGUGCAAGACACCAGGUAUCGCAAUUGGGAUCAGCGCUGGUUUUGGAAUUCUACUUCUCAUGUCAAUUGUAAUAUUACUGAUCCAUAGAUGGAAGAAAGAUAUCAAGAAGAAACUACGAAGAAAGUAUUUUCUGCAAAACCAAGGUCAACUCCUCGAACAACUGAUAUCGUCAGAUGAAAAUGCGAGUGACAAUACAAAGAUUUUCUCACUAUCAGAGUUAGAAAAGGCAACAAAUAACUUUGAUGCUACACGUAUCGUUGGUCGAGGAGGGCAUGCAUUGGUUUAUAAAGGCAUCUUAUCCGACCAACGGGUAGUGGCCAUAAAGAAGUCUAAAGUCACUGAGCAAGUUGAGAUAAGUCAAUUCAUCAAUGAGGUUGCUGUCCUCUCAAAGAUUAAUCACCGGAAUAUCGUCAAGCUCUUCGGUUGUUGUCUCGAGACUGAAGUCCCACCGCUAGUAUAUGACUUCAUCCCAAAUGGUUCAUUAUUUGGAAUCCUUCAUGCCAGUACCACUAGCAACUCUGCCUUGUCCUGGGAUGAUUGUUUGAAAAUUGCUUCAGAAGCUGCUGGAGCACUCUAUUACCUCCACUCAGCUGCUUCAGUAUCGAUAUUUCAUCGUGAUAUGAAGUCCACUAACAUACUGUUGGAUGGAAAUUACACAGCGAAAGUAUCAGAUUUUGGUGCUUCAAGGUUGGUUCCUAUUGACCAAACUCAUAUCGUUACAAAUAUACAAGGCACAUUUGGAUACUUGGAUCCAGAGUAUUAUCACACGGGUAUGUUAAAUGAGAAGAGUGAUGUCUAUAGUUUUGGUGUAGUACUUAUAGAGUUGCUGCUCAGAAAGAAGCCUAUUUUUACAAGUGAUACUGGGCUAAAUCAAAACUUGUCCAGCUAUUUCCUUUGUGAGACGAGGGAGAAACCACUCGCAGAAAUAGUGGCUACUCAAGUUCUUGAGGAAGCAACAAAUGAAGAGAUUAAUGAUGUGGCCAGUCUUGCAGAGACUUGCUUGAGAUUACGAGGUGACGAGAGACCUACAAUGAAACAAGUAGAGAUGACAUUGCAGUAUGUCCGGUCCAAAAGAUUGAGAUCAUGUCAGAUUGGUAUAAUAAAUGAAGACAUGCAACCCUUGUUAAGUGGAGAAAGCCCGGACAUGCUUCUGCUGUUGACUGCUCAAAGUGGUAUAGUAGACAGAUCUAAUUUACCUUCUCAAAGGAACCAAAAUUGCUACAGCUUGGAACAAGAGUUCGUGGCAGCGGCUACUCUCCCGCACUAG